AUGCGCGGCCUGUUUGGGCCGCCGGGCGCCCUGGGCGCCCUGCAGCACAGCGGGUACCCUGGGGCGCCCGACGCCCUCGCCGCGGCGGCCGCCAGCAAGCAGCUGUCUGGCCUGCUGUCCGCCAUGGCGCAGCAGCACCUGCAGCAGCAGCAGCACAUGCAGCAGCAGCAGUACCACCAGCAGGCGGCGGUGGCCGCGCAGCAGCAGCAGCAGCAGCAGCCGCACCACUUCCAACACCAACACGCUCCCGCACAGACGCCGCCGCAGCAGCAGCCGCAGCAGCAGCAGCAGCAACAGUACCACCAGCAGGCGGCGGCUGCCGCUCAACAGCAGCAGCAGCAGCAGCAGCAGCACCACCAGCACGACAGCCGCGGCAGCUUCUCAGGGUCUGCCGGCAGCCUCGAGCCGGACGGCGGCGGGGCCGGCCACGAUAAGCGCGUGCCGGGCGGCUAUGGGGCCGCUGCGGCACCGCCGCCGCUGGCCCCGCCGCCGGCGCCUCACCACCAAGCUUCGCACUCCUGGGACGAGGGCGCCCAUCACCACCACCACCACCAGCAGCAGCAGCAGCAGCAGCAGCAGGCGCCCCCGCAGUACCAGCAGCACCACGCGCAGGCGCACGAGCAGCAGCAGCAGCAGUUGAGCACCCACGCGCCCGCGCACGAGCAGCGCCGCUCGGACGGCGGCGCGGCGCUGUCGGGCUUUGCCCAUCUUGCGCAGGGCGGCGGCAGCCCCUCAGACCCCACCUCCUGGCAGCAGCAGCACGGCGGCGGCGGCGGCGCGCCUUACAUGCAGCGCACGCAUUCGGCCCCCGGGCCCCAAGGGGUGGGCGCCGGUGCGGCCGCCGGCCCCGACGACCGCGUGCCGCCGCAGCGGGCGGUCGAGCCGCGUCCAGGCGGGGUGCGUGGCGGCCCGGGCGUCGCGCUUCCUUCUCCGCAGCACCCGCCCCCGCCAGGCGCACUGUUUGGUGGCGGCGGCGGCGGCGGCCGCACCUACAGCGAUCAGGACGUGCGGAGCGGCGGCGGCUCGCACGCGCUGCGGCCGGGCCCCUCGUCGGCGCCGCAGCAGAGGCAGCAGCCCCGGCAGGGCGCCGCGGCGGGCGGGGGCUGGCAGCCGGCGCCGCCACAGGGCCCGCAGGACCAGGGCCAGCAGCAGGCGGUGCAUCACCAUCAGCAGCAGCAGCAAUCGUUGUUCCACCACCAGCAGCAGCAGCAGCAGCAGCAGCAGCAGCAACACAGCCAGGCCGCAGGGGCCGAGCAGCGGUACAAUCUGGAGCCUCCGCCACCUCAGCAGCAGCAGCAGCAGCAGCAGCGGGCGUCCCCCGACAGCCGCCGCCACGACCAGGCGCCCAGCCGCCCCAUCCUCGUCCCGCAGGGCGACAAGGCCCGCGCCGCCGCCGCCGCCGCCGCCCCCGCCGCGGGCGGCGACGACGCCCGCGGCGGCGGCGGCGGCGGGUGCGGCGAGGAGGAGGGGCAGCCGGGGAGCGCGUCGUUCCUGGGGUUGGACCGGGCGCCCAGCGGGAGCCUGCAGGGCAGCCUGCUGCCCCUCCUGAAGGAGAUCUGGCAGAGAUGA